AAUACUGUAGCAGGGAUCAUGGGGGACCAACUUUUAGUCACUUUAAUGCUUCUUCUUUGUUACAUUCCUGCAACCCAGAAUCAAGAAGAUGGACAGACCUCUAGAUUCUCCAACUACGCAGUUGUAAAGCCUCAACUCAUUCAGAGGCGAUGGACAAGGAAUGCAGACAGACAUUCUAAAUCAGGACAUACAGAAGCACCUGACAGCAUUUCUUAUUCAUUGAUAAUUGACGACAAGGAACACGUCCUUCAUCUGAAAAUUAACAAAGACUUUUUAUCCCCAAACUUUGUUCAGUAUUCCCAUACAGCCAGUGUGAAUCCAACAGCUACUUACCCAAAUCCAGUGGUCCAUUGCUACUACCAUGGGCAUGUCAGGGAUCAUGAAGACUCUCUGGUUGCCCUCAGCACCUGUUCAGGACUCAGGGGUGUCAUCCUCCUUGGCAACGACAGUUAUGGACUGGAACCCAUCAAACAGUCGUCAACCAAUGAGCACCUGCUUUAUCGUCUGGAGCAUAGCCAAUCAGAACCCUUUUUCUGCGGUGUGACCACUGAGGCGUCGCAGACUGAGAGUCACUCACACUUUGACCCAUCCCACAAACUGACAGCUCUUUUACGGAAAAAACGUAAUUUACCUCAGACCAGAUAUAUUGAGUUGGUGUUGGUUGUUGACUACCUUAGGUAUACCUAUAAGAAGAGCAAUGAGACAGCAGUAUCCGAGGAAAUGGUGGAGUUGGCCAAUCUGCUUGAUGGGUACUACAAACAGCUGAAUGUUCGUGUAGUGUUGGUGGGCCUGGAAAUCUUCAAGAUCAGAGAUCCCUUUAACGUGACUGACUCGCCAGAGAACGUGUUGGGAAACUUUGUCAAGUGGCGGCAGACAAAUCUGUUACCACGGGUCAGGAAUGAUGACGCACAGCUCAUUGUUGGUCUGCCAGGUCCAUACAGUGGAGGGAUCCUGGGCAUGGCGUUCGUGGGCACUGUGUGUUCUGCAUCCUCCGCGGGAGGCAUCAAUGUGUUCAGCGAUAACAACCUGACCUACGUCUCCACUGUGGUGGCCCAUGAGAUGGGCCACAACCUGGGCAUGAUUCACGAUGUCUACCCCAGCUGCACCUGUCAGGGACCAGGAGGGACCUGUAUCAUGAACACCAACGUAACUGGCUCCACGGUGUUCAGCAGUUGCAGCGCCUCUAACUUUGAGAGCCUGGUGCUGGGUGGAGGAGGGGUGUGUCUUCUGAACCCGGCCACAUCCACAUUGACUGUACCUCAAUGUGGAAACGGCAUUUUGGAGACCGGAGAGCAGUGUGACUGUGGAACACCUCAGAACUGCACCAACAAAUGCUGUAAUGCAGCCACCUGUACGUUGACCUCGGGGUCCACCUGCGCUCAGGGGAGCUGUUGCCAGGACUGCCAGGUCAUCGUGUCGGGCACACCCUGCAGAGGGUCGGUGAACACGUGUGACCUGCCGGAGUACUGCAACGGCUCGGCACCGACCUGUCCCUCGGACUUCUAUGUCAUGGACGGGCUGCCCUGUCAGGACAACACUGCAUACUGCUACGAAGGGCGUUGCCAGACCUACGACUACCAAUGCCAACAACUCUUUGCACCAGGUGGAACUCUUAAUAGAAAUGCAAGCAAGGCAGCAGACAUCUGCUUUCAGACUGCUAAUCUCAUAGGGGAUAAGUAUGGAAACUGUGGAAUUACAUCGACAGGGGCCUAUGUGAAAUGUAAAAUGGCAAAUGUCAUGUGUGGGAAACUGCAGUGCACCAACGUCGACACCAACAACCCCCCUCCUGGACGGUCGGUCAGUAACCAGAUCAUCAAUCGGUCUUCGUGUGUCAACGCAGACUUCAACCUGGGCCCCGAUGUGCUGGACCCGGCCUACGUUCACCACGGGAGCCCAUGUGCCACGGGAAAAGCCUGUGUCAGCUUCCGGUGUGUGAACGCCACGGCUCUACUGGCUGUGAACCUCACCUGUGACGCGCAGACUACGUGCAACGGCCGUGGGGUGUGCAACAACAUGGGGCACUGCCACUGUAACGACGGCUGGGGUCCCCCGUACUGUGACCGGUCGGGGAGGGGUGGCAGCGUGGACAGUGGACCGGCUCAGAUAGACUACUCCCGGAGGAAUGGGCUGCUGAUCUUCUUCCUGCUGGUGGUUCCUGUCCUGAUCCUACUGGUCUUUGUCUUCAGAAGGGACUCCUUGGAACCUUGCUUUCAAAAACUACACCGCAGAAAGUUGAGUUGUUUUGUGCACAGGCCAGGAAACACCACAAAUGGCCAAACUAUGGCCAAUCUCCAGCGACGAGCACCACCGCAGCCCCCGCCACAUCCGCCACUGCCGCACACCUUUCAUCUGUUGCCUCAGCGCCCAGAUGCACAGAAUGCACUACUCCACUCCGCUCGGACACCCUUUCAGAAGCAGGGUCCAGGUGUUCCAAGACCCAUCCCAACCAGGCAGAAGCCCUAACAGAAACGAGGAGUGGUCAGGAAAUCAGUGGGGGUCAAUUUCAUCCACCGAGGUGUGGUGCAGUCAGUCCGCAGGGCAAGAAAGCGGUUAGCAGGAUAUUGAUGUUGGUUUUAUCUAUGGACUUUAAACACAAGGGUGUUUCCCUUUAUAUAUUUUUGCAAAUGUGUCUAUUCACAACGUAUGUUUAUUUUUUUCAUCCAAAGCACUGUGGUCAUGAUUGCGUACAUUCUGGGUUAAGCACAGAGCUGGCAUCAAGCCCACUACCUUAUAGCUAUAAGCCAUGCUAUACCAACAGAGCCACAUGACACUUAUCUGAACUGUACAUCUCACUAAAAUAUAUUCAGUGUAACCUUUAUUUUAUUAAACAAGGGUAACUUGGUGACAGAGACUUUUUUCUUUAAUCCAUUUUAACAAAAGUUAAAACACUAAUGAGAAAUGCAUAAUGUCAACACAGUUAAGUUAAUGUAAGUUAACUUACGUUAAUGUUAUGUCAUUGUACAAAUGUUUUAUAAGCACUUGUUAU